AUGGCGUCACUAGCUUCGAAGUUCACCGGGAAUACCGUCGCAGAUACUGAGUACAUAAUGGCUAUAAUGUCGGAGUUCGAGUACGAGGACGGCGAGCUUCUCAAGGAUUCGGAAUCACUCGGCGUCACCAUCUCUCCCCGUGACGCUUACGGCACCGGUCCCAUCACUCCUUCCGUGCAACUGUCCUCCAGUGGCCUUGCUCUCAGCCUCGUCCCCGCCAAGGCACACCAUCUAGCAACCACUGGCGGAGACACUCCAGUGGAGGCUGAUCUCGCUGCAGCAAAAACGUCAGUGUGGUGGGACAUUGAGAACUGCGAGGUUCCAAAGGGCUGCGACGCGAAUCGGAUAGCUCAGAACAUAAGAUCCGUUCUGUUGAAAAGUAACUACACUGGUCCUCUCACCAUCAAUGCCUACGGUGACACCAGUCUAAUCCCUUUCUCUGUACAACAAGCUCUCUCCUCCACCGGCGUAUCGCUCAACCACGUCCCUGCUGGAGUGAAAGAUGGGAGCGACAAGAAGAUACUAGUGGACAUGAUGCUGUGGGCAAUGGACAAUCCAGCUCCUGCUAACAUAAUGUUAAUCUCUGGAGAUAGAGACUACUCCUAUGCUCUUCACAAACUUGGGAUGAGAAGGUACAACAUUCUUCUUGCACGUCCUGAGAAAGCAUCAGAGCCGCUCAUCGCUGCUGCGAAGAAAGUUUGGUUAUGGACAAGCAGUGCUACUGUGGAUCUUCCAAACAGAUCCAUUGACGACAGUGCACGUGAUCAUCUUUAUUCUGAUGGCUCUGAGGUAGUAAGCUACGUGGUUCCUAAACAAGCUCAGCCUAGAAAGCGGAAGUAUUCAGAUGCGGUACAGGGAAGCUGCAGGAUUUUGUGUGAAUUGUGCAAUGUUUCUUGCUGGAGCGAUGGUUUAACCACUCACAUCUCUGGUAGAAAGCACAGAACUAAGGCUUUGUUAGUAGCACGUAAACGCCCUUAUCUCAGACGUAAUUCAAACGUAACAAAGUCUGUGUGGUGCGGAGUUUGCAAGAUGAGUUUCCAGAGCGAAGCUCUGUAUGAAGAUCAUAUCUUAGGGAGCAGUCACCAAGACGAACUUGAAGAUCAAGCUGAGUAUUCCCAAAAGCGCCUCUGCGCGGCCCCUUAA